AUGCUCGAGACUGCACCACUCCUCCAAUCAGACCAGGCCUCAUCGGAGCAAGGGGACAAUGCCAGCAAUGACAGCAGCAUCUGCCUCGAACCAGCCACGACAUGGGAAGCCGAAACACGGGCAAUGAUCUCCGACACCGUGCCCUUGGUCUUGACGUACAUGCUGCAAUACUUCUACAGCCUGAUCAUCGUGUUGGUCGUCGGCCACAUUGGCGAAGACGAGCUCGCUGGCGUGUCCUUGGGAGUUACAACCAUGAACAUUGUCGGCUUCGCCGUCUUCGAGGGCAUGGCAACGAGUCUGGAUACGCUGUGCGCGCAGGCCUUUGGAGCCGGCAAUCGAAAAGCCGUCGGCUUACACGUCCAGAGAAUGGUCCUGUUGCUGCUCCUGGUAGCUUGUCCGAUUGGUGCGCUGUGGCUCUGUUCCCCCUGGAUCCUGGCCGGGAUGAUCCCUCAGCCACAACUGGCAACUGUGGCCGGAACGUUCCUGAGGACAUCGCUUGUCGGCGUGCCUGGAUACGUGGUGUUUGAAGCCGGCAAGCGGUUCCUGCAGUGCCAGGGGAACUUCACUGCGUCGUUGGCCGUGCUUCUGAUCUGCACACCGAUCAACCUGGUCCUCAACUGGAUUCUGGUGUUCCAGCUUGGGCUGGGAGUCAUGGGAUCUGCGCUUGCAGCGGCCCUGAGCAACAACCUCCGAGCCGCACUGCUGGUGUUGUACGUCGCUCUCUACCUCCCGGAGACGCAUCAGUGCUGGCCUGGAUUUCUCCCCAAGACCGCUUUCCAAAACUGGAUGCCUAUGAUCAAGCUCGCAAUCCCGGGUGCAGUUAUGACACUGGGGGAGUGGUUUGCCUUUGAGCUGCUUAACUUCAGUGCUGCGUACAUCAAGACCGGCGACAACAAAUCCGUGAGCUCGGGACCCCUGGCAGCCCAAGCGAUCCUGUCGACAACUUCGGUGUUGGUAUGGCAUAUUCCUUUCUCUGGGAGCGUGGUGGCAAGCACCAGAAUUGGUCACUUGAUAGGGAGAGGUUCAGUCCGCGCCGCGAAAUCAAUGUCUAAAUUCUACGCCGUCUUCUUCUCCGGAACCGCCCUGUUCGACAUGACCCUGGCGUUCGCCGCUGGCAGUCUUAUCGCAUGUUUCAGCACUGCAAACACAUCCAGCGAGGUUCGAGAGCUUGUUGUAGGGACACUGCCAUAUGUCGCCAUCUUUCAAAUCUUUGAUGCUGCGGUUUGCUGCAUCCAUGGCAUAAUGCGCGGACUGGGACGUCAGGCCAUUGGCGGCUGGGCCACAUUCGCCAUUAACUAUUGCAUUGGAGUACCCUUGGCUAUGGUGCUCGCUCUGGGGCCCCCAAUGCUGGGACUGCCAGGUCUUUGGUCGGGGUUAUCCAUCGGAGUGGCUGUUUUGGCGGCUGUGCAGGCAAUUGUCUUGCGGAUCAUAGACUGGGAAAAGUGUGUAGUGGAUGCCAAAGAGCGGGAAGAGAUUCUGUGA